AUGAGUAAAUUGUCGUUUCGGGCGCGGGCGCUGGACGCCACCAAGCCGCUGCCCGUCUUCCGUUGUGAGGAUUUACCCGACUUGCACGAGUAUGCGUCUAUUAACCGGGCCGUGCCGCAGAUGCCGACUGGCAUGGAGAAGGAGGAGGAAUCGGAACACCACCUCCAGCGGGCCAUCUCGGCACAGCAGGUCUAUGGUGAGAAACGGGACAACAUGGUCAUCCCUGUCCCGGAGGCAGAGAGCAACAUCACCUACUAUGAAUCGCUCUACCCCGGGGAUUACAAAAUGCCAAAGCAGCUCAUUCACCUACAGCCUUUCAGCCUGGACACGGAGCAGCCGGACUAUGACCUGGACUCAGACGACGACGCUUUUGUGGCAAAGUUGAAAAAGAAGAUGGAGAUCAGCCUGUUGCAGUUUGAGGAGAUGAUCGACCGGCUGGAGAAAGGCAGCGGGCAGCAGCUUGUGAGCCUCCCCGAGGCCAAGCUGCUUCUCAAGGAGGAUGACGAGCUCAUCAAGGAGGUGUUUGACUACUGGAGCCGCAAAAGGAAAAACAGCAAGGCGCACUCGCUCAUUAACAUCAUCAAGCAGGAGAAGCGCGACGGCUCCAGCACCAGCGACCCGUACGUGGCCUUCCGGAGGCGCACAGAGAAGAUGCAGACCAGGAAGAACCGCAAAAACGACGAGGCGUCCUACGAGAAGAUGCUGAAACUCCGCAGGGAUCUUAGCCGGGCUGUCACCAUACUCGAGAUGAUCAAGAGGAGGGAAAAGAGCAAGAGAGAGCUGCUGCACCUCACGCUGGAGAUAUUUGAGAAGAGGAACGUCAUGUCAGACUACGGUGGCGAGGUCCUGGCCGAGGUCCUGGCGGAGCGGGCCCUGGUGAGGCCGCAGAUUAUUCCACUGGUGCCGCUCACCAACCAGUACCACAUGGACCAUAAGGAUUACAAGUCCAAGCCGGAAAAGACAGAAGUCCCUCGACAGAAGAGGAAAUACGAGAAAAAGCAAAAGGCCCUUCCUCUGUCGGCCGGUGGCCACCACCACGGUCCAGCCAUCUUCAAUGCCAAGGACCUCAACCAGUAUGACUUCCCGAGCUCAGACGAAGAGCCCCAGCUGCAUUCGGGCUCGUCGGAAGCCGAGGAAGAAAACGACCCGGACGGCGCCUACGCUUUUCGAAGGAAGGCGGGCUGCCAGUAUUAUGCUGCUCAUCAGGAUCGAGUGGGCUGCUGGCCGUGGUCCCCGGGAUGGGAGGACGGCCUGGCACACACCCGUUACCGCUACAGUCUCACUACGCUGACCGUGCCGCGUCGCUGUCAGGGCCUGGCGCGCCGACGCUUGGGACGAGGGGGCAGGGUUCUACUAGACCGAGCACAUUCAGACUACGAUAAUGUUUUCCAUGAACUGGACCCGAAGACGCUGGACCGUGCCCCGUCGCCGCCGGGUCCACGCCCGCUGUCCGCCAGCAAAUUUGCCAGUACCUCACCAACUAAUACCUCAGACAGAGACUCCCCCUCGCCUCCCACGGACCUCAGUCAGAUUCUAUUGAGCAUAAAAGCGUGCCGGUGGCGGCACUUCCGGCCGCGGACACUACCGCUACACCAGCUGGACAAUGCACACCCGUUGUUCCGCAGGCUAAGUCGCUGCGUCAAGCGGCCGCUCGCCAACAUCGGGCCGCGUGCCCAACGCGUCUUGCGGCCCGGGCCGCCACCCCAGCCUCAUGUUGCACUGACAGCCGAGCAGUUCCAGCUUCACCAGGAUCAGUUGUUGCAGAUGCAGAAAGAGCUGCUUGAGCAGCAACAACAGCAAGCUAGCAGAGCCACUGCCAACAGCACAACGUCGACAGCACAGGUGUCAGCCAACACGUUGGACCAGGCCAGCGCACAGUUCGCCGCCUCGGCCCUCGUUACCCCCGAGCAAAUUUUGGCUCUUAAGACCAAGGAGGAGCUCAGCCUGGGUGGAGGAGUCAACGGUGUCCUGUCCCCCUCAGGUGUCUACAAGGGCUUGCACCUUUCCAGCACAGCGUCCCCUUCCUUGGCCGCCCCGGCCCCGCCUGCCACCCUGUCCGGCGCCGCCUCUCUACACCCGGGAAGCGCCACCAGCGUCGCGCCUGCCUGUGUCUCCAACAGCAACAUGGGCGCCACCCGCCACGCCGGCCCCGCAACCACUAACGCCACUCAGGUCCCGCUGGGCAAUAGCCUCCGCUUGGCUGUUCCCGCCAGCAAACGGGCGCACGCCCCCAGAACGCUAAGCGGCGCCGUGUCGGCGUCCGCAUUAAAGCUGGCCCAUGCCGCCGCCAACUGUCAGAAGCCCAAGGUCCCCUCGGCCAGCGCUGCCUCGCCGCUGGACAUUGUGCCCAGAGAGAACCAUGACCAAGACAAGGCAGCGCCGCUCAGCAGUCUGUCUGAGAACACAAUGGCCAUGGAGGUGACGUAG